CUUCAGUAACAGUCAAGAUGGCUGACGCAAAUGAUCAACCUAUUGAGACAGAACCAGCACCAAUAAAGGAGGAAGAGAAGCCAGAUUUAUUUGAAGAUAUACCAGAAGAUAUCAGGAAUGACUCUGUCGACAGCAUCAAGACUCGCAGUAGAAUGAUUGAUAAUGAAAUAAGAAUGUUCAAAUCUGAGCAAUUACGUUUGACACAUGAUAUGCGAGCUUUAGAGGAGAAAAUUCGUGGCAAUCAAGAGAAGAUUAGACAGAACAAGGUCUUACCUUACUUGGUUGGAAACGUAGUUGAGAUUCUCGACGUCGAUCCUGAAGGUGAAGACGAUGGCGCUGCUCAAGAUCAAGAUUCUAUGCGUAAAGGUAAAUGUGCAGUCAUAAAGACGAGUACGAGACAGACAGUUUUCUUACCACUCAUCGGUCUCGUUAAGCCAGAAGAUCUCAAACCAGGUGAUCUCAUUGGUGUUAACAAGGAUUCUUACCUCAUUUUGGACACUUUGCCCCCAGAAUUCGAUUCACGUGUCAAAGCUAUGGAAGUUGAUGAAAGGCCGACUGAAAAAUACACCGACAUUGGUGGUCUUGAGAAGCAAAUUGAGGAACUUGUGGAAGCUGUCGUCAUGCCUAUGAAGCAGGCUGACAAGUUUGUCAAGCUGGGUAUAAAGCCACCUAAAGGUGCCCUCAUGUAUGGUCCACCAGGUACUGGUAAAACUAUGCUUGCUAGAGCCUGUGCUGCACAAACAAACGCAUGUUAUCUCAAGCUUGCUGGUCCUUCUUUAGUUCAAAUGUUCAUCGGUGAUGGUGCUAAACUCGUCAGAGAUGCAUUCGAACUAGCAAAAGAGAAGGCUCCUGCUAUCAUCUUUAUUGAUGAAUUAGAUGCAAUUGGUACAAAACGUUUCGAUAGUGAUAAAUCUGGUGAUCGUGAAGUACAAAGAACUAUGCUUGAAUUACUUAAUCAACUGGACGGUUUCAGCUCAGAUAACCGUAUAAAGGUUAUCGCAGCCACAAACAGAAUAGAUAUUCUCGAUCCAGCUCUUCUUAGAUCAGGUAGAUUAGAUAGAAAGAUAGAGUUCCCAUUACCAAAUGAAGCCGGUAGAGCACAAAUAUUACAAAUACAUUCAAGAAAGAUGAAUGUUAGUCCUGAUGUCAACUUUGAAGAAUUGGCAAGAUCAACGGAUGAAUUUAAUGGAGCUCAAAUGAAGGCAGUUUGUGUAGAAGCAGGUAUGAUAGCAUUAAGGGAAGGAUCAGAAAUAAUUGAACAUGAACAUUACAAUUCUGGUAUACUUGAAGUACAAGCUAAGAAGAAGCAAGAGCAUUAUUAUUAUGCAUAAUUGUAAUAAAAUAAAUUGAUGAAAAUUUUUCUCACAAAA